CACUACACAACAGCAUCUUCCUCCUCUUCCUCCGCCGCCGAAAACGACAAAUAUACUUGACUUCUCUGUUCACAGACACCGGAUCUCUUAUCAACUGUACCCAAUCCAACAAAAAGCAUGGUCGGAACUAACCCCACCAUCAAAUUCCUCUGCAGUUACGGCGGGAAAAUCGUCCCUCGUUACCCUGACGGGAAACUCCGUUAUCACGGCGGUGAAACCCGUGUACUCGCCGUUGACCGGUCCAUUUCCUUUACAGAGUUAUCGAUGAAGAUGGGAGAGAUGUGCGGGACACCGGUGAGUCUACGUUGCCAGUUGCCGACGGAGGAUUUAGACGCUCUGGUUUCGAUCACUUCCGAUGAGGAUAUCGCGAAUCUCAUCGAGGAAUACGAUCGUGUGGCUUCGCCUCCGUCUUCUUUAAAGAUCAGAGUCUUCCUUUCGCCGCUGAAACCGGCCAGAAAAUCGAUUUCCUCGCCGCCGAAACCGGCUAGAAAAUCGAUUUCUUCGCCGCCUUCAUCAUCGACUGCGUCUUCGAAGUCAUCUUCUUCAUCCACUCCCAGAUAUUCCUGCAUACGUCAGAUCCCAGGGUCUCCCGUAGCUUUCCCUCUUUGCUCUAAGAAAUCGGCCGGACAGAUGAUUCCUUACUACGGUUACCAUGGUCAACCUAGUUAUAUUUACCUUGUUCACAGCGGGAAUUACAGGCAAUAGCAGAGGAUGGAAAGAUGCGAAAGAUCAUAUGAUUUAUUAGUCAGUUGUGAUCCUUAGUGAAGAACAAGUAAUGAUCAAUACUACCCAUAGAAGAAGAAA